CUACAUAUUAACGUACACUGACUUCUAUACUAUUACUAAUACUAAGAAAAGACUUUAUACAAUACCUAAAUGGUUCACGACUAUUGAGAAUUUACUGUCAAUAAAUGAGCAUAGAAUGCUUUUACCAAUGAACAGUUUUAAUCAUAAUCAUUGUUAUGGUUAUAUUAUUCGACUGCUUAAACAUAAAAUUGGAACUUACAACUAUGUUGUUAGAUGGGAUACUGCCACCAAAUCAUUCAUCACUGGUCAUCCUACCUACCUUGAUGACAAUACUGUACAUAUUAAACACUGCUUACCAUUAGUAGGCUCUCGUCACUACACUGUAUUUAAGGAUUAUGAUCAUUGCUCUCUAUAUUAA